GUCGGCUCAAGCUGAGCGGCGGCCGCAGCCGGAGUCCAGCCUCAGCGCGCCCACCAUGGCCGCCCAGGGCGAACCCGGUUACCUGGCGGCGCAGUCGGACCCCGGCUCCAAUAGCGAGAGAAGCACUGACUCGCCCAUGCCCGGCUCCGAGGACGACCUGGUCGCCGGCGCGCCACUGCACAGCCCCGAGUGGAGCGAGGAGCGCUUCCGCGUGGACAGGAAGAAACUUGAGGCCAUGUUACAAGCUGCUGCUGAAGGAAAAGGCAAAAGUGGGGAAGACUUUUUUCAGAAGAUCAUGGAAGAAACAAAUACACAGAUUGCUUGGCCAUCAAAACUGAAGAUUGGAGCCAAGUCCAAGAAAGACCCCCAUAUUAAAGUUUCUGGAAAGAAAGAAGAUGUUAAGGAAGCCAAGGAAAUGAUCAUGUCUGUCUUAGACACAAAAAGCAAUCGGGUCACCCUGAAGAUGGAUGUUUCACACACAGAACAUUCUCAUGUAAUCGGCAAAGGUGGUAACAAUAUUAAAAAAGUGAUGGAAGACACAGGAUGCCACAUCCACUUUCCAGAUUCCAACAGGAAUAACCAAGCAGAAAAAAGCAACCAGGUAUCUAUAGCAGGACAAACGGCAGGAGUAGAAUCUGCCCGAGUUAGAAUUCGGGAACUGCUUCCUUUGGUGCUGAUGUUUGAGCUCCCGAUAGCUGGAAUUCUUCAACCAGUUCCCGAUCCUAAUUCCCCCUCUAUUCAGCACAUAUCACAAACAUACAACAUUUCAGUGUCUUUUAAACAGCGAUCCCGAAUGUAUGGUGCUACUGUCAUAGUACGAGGGUCUCAGAAUAACACUAGUGCUGUGAAGGAAGGAACUGCCAUGCUGUUGGAACAUCUUGCUGGUAGCUUGGCGUCAGCUAUCCCCGUGAGCACACAGCUAGAUAUUGCAGCACAACAUCAUCUCUUUAUGAUGGGUCGAAAUGGAAGCAACAUCAAACAUAUCAUGCAGAGAACAGGUGCUCAGAUCCACUUUCCUGAUCCCAGCAACCCACAAAAGAAAUCCACCGUCUACCUCCAGGGCACCAUUGAGUCUGUCUGUCUUGCAAGGCAAUAUCUCAUGGGUUGUCUGCCUCUCGUGUUGAUGUUUGAUAUGAAGGAAGAAAUUGACGUCGAUCCACAAUUCAUUGCUCAGUUGAUGGAACAGCUCGAUGUCUUCAUCAGCAUUAAACCAAAACCCAAACAGCCAAGCAAGUCUGUGAUUGUGAAAAGUGUUGAACGAAAUGCCUUAAAUAUGUAUGAAGCAAGGAAAUGUCUCCUCGGACUUGAAAGCAGUGGGGUUACCAUAGCAACCAGUCCAUCCCCAGCAUCGUGCCCUGCUGGUCUGGCAUGUCCCAGCCUGGAUAUCUUAGCUUCAGCAGGCCUCGGACUCACUGGACUAGGUCUCUUGGGGCCCACCACCUUAUCUCUAAACACUUCAACAACCCCAAACUCACUCCUGAAUGCUCUCAAUAGCUCAGUUAGUCCUUUGCAAAGUCCAAGUUCUGGUACCCCCAGCCCCACAUUAUGGGCCUCCCCUCUUGCCAGUACUUCAAGUGCCACAGGUUUUUCUGCUAUACCACACCUUAUGAUCCCAUCGACUGCCCCCACGCUAACUAAUAUUUUGUUGUCUGGAGUUCCCACGUAUGGGCACACAGCUCCAUCUCCCCCUCCUGGCUUGACUCCUGUUGAUGUCCACAUCAGCAGUAUGCAGACAGAAGGCAAAAAAAUCUCUGCUUCUCUAAAUGGACAUGCACAGUCUCCAAAUAUAAAAUAUGGUGCAAUAUCCACUUCAUCACUUGGAGAAAAAGUGCUGAGUGCGAAUCAUGGUGAUCCAUCCAGACAAACCACUGGGUCUGAGCAGGCAUCUCCCAAAUCAAGCCCCACAGAAGGUUGCAAUGAUGCUUUUGUUGAAGUAGGCAUGCCUCGAAGCCCUUCCCAUUCUGGGAAUGCUGGUGACUUGAAACAAAUGAUGGGUCCAUCUAAAGUUUCCUGUACCAAGAGGCAGACAGUAGAACUUUUGCAUGGCACUAAGAACUCGCACUUACACAGCACUGACAGGUUGCUCUCGGACUCUGAACUGAGCUCUGCAGAAAGUCCUCUGACUGACAAGAAGGCCCCUGGGAGUGAACGUGCUGCUGAGAGGGCUGCUGCCGCCCAGCAGAACUCUGACAGGGCCUGCUUGGCCCCCCGGCCUUCAUACAUCAACAUGCAGGCCUUUGACUAUGAACAAAAAAAACUACUAGCAACCAAAGCCAUGUUAAAGAAACCAGUGGUGACGGAGGUCAGAACACCCACAAAUACCUGGAGUGGUCUGGGGUUUUCUAAAUCCAUGCCAGCUGAAACCAUCAAGGAGCUGAGACGGGCCAAUCAUGUGUCCUAUAAGCCCACAAUGACAACCACUUUUGAGGGCUCGUCCAUGUCCCUCUCAAGGUCCAACAGUCGUGAGCACUUGGGAAGUGGAAGUGAAUCUCAUAACUGGAGAGACCGCAAUGGAAUAGGACCCACGAGUCAUGGUGAAUUUGCAUCUUCAAUUGGCAGCCCCAAGCGUAAACAAAACAAAUCAACGGAACACUAUCUCAGCAGUAGCAAUUACAUGGACUGCAUUUCCUCACUGACAGGAAGUAACGGCUGUAACCUGAAUAGCUCUUUCAAAGGCUCUGACCUCCCUGAGCUCUUCAGCAAACUGGGCCUGGGCAAAUAUACAGAUGUCUUCCAGCAACAAGAGAUUGAUCUUCAGACAUUCCUCACUCUCACAGAUCAGGAUCUCAAGGAGCUAGGGAUUACGACUUUUGGCGCCAGGAGGAAAAUGCUGCUUGCUAUCUCAGAACUAAAUAAAAACCGAAGAAAGCUUUUUGAAUCACCAAAUGCACGCACCUCUUUCCUGGAAGGUGGAGCGAGUGGGAGGCUGCCACGUCAGUAUCACUCAGACAUCGCUAGUGUCAGUGGCCGCUGGUAGCAGGGCCCUCCAGGCCAUCGA